CAAGACGUUCAACUGAGACUUUCCUGUUGCCAGAAGUGUAUUUAUACAUGGAAGAACUUGCACACAUAGUCUACGCAAGGUAUAUGCACAUCGGUAGAGAUUCAUGCAUUCAAAAAGCGAAGAGAAAGAAGAAAUACGAUGAAAGGAAAAAAUGAAAGAAAAAGCCAAUUGAUGAGGAAAGGAGAACUAGUCAUGCGACGUAACAUGGUUUCAGUUCGAACAGGAGGCAGGACCCACUAGUUGUAAUUAUAGUUAUCUUCGUGAUGUUCUUGGAAUGCUUUGCUUCAAAUCCUUCUCGAGCUUACCAAGAAAUAAGAGAGAGACAAUACGAAACGCUAUAGAAUGAGACAAAAUAAUAAGAUGAGAAGUAGAUCAACGAAGAAAGAAGAUGAGAAAUCAGAAAAAGAGGGGGAUGCAGAGGGCAUCGGGCCGAGGAUGAAAGUAACAUAUAUAUAGAGAGGAAGAAAGAAUUCAGAUCGCAGUUCUUAGUCCCAGACAAUUGUGAAUGAGAUCUAAGCAAACAUACAGAUUUACGUUUAAUAUAAUAAUAUAAUAUUUAUAUUUAUUAACUUAGUAGUUAUUUAAUAUUGAAAAAAAUGAAAAAAUAUAUUCUAUUGUUAUUUUCUAUUCAUUUCACUUUUGCUUCAAUCGGCAAAUAUCAUAGGGAUAAUGGAUUUUUGAAUCAUGUACAAUUAGUACAUGAAUUUCGCUGCUCCAUGCCUCAACCAAGAGCUGUACCAGUUGCAGAACUUCUUACUGUUGGUCCUAAUUCUGACGAAGUCUUCUAUCCUGCUUCUACUGUUCUAAAACGUUGUGAUGGAGCUGGAUGUUGUUCGGAUUAUAAACAAAUUUGUGCACCUAUCGAAACUAGAAAUGUUAGUCUUGUUUUUAUGGUAAAACACAUGAUUGAUCGACAACGUGACAGGCAUCACGAAGUGAUACAUGCUUUAGAACAUACAAAAUGUGGAUGUAUCAACAAAAAAAAUUAUAAAAUUUGAUUAAUUCUUUCUAAAAUUUUUCUUAAAGUAAUGCUGAAAAAUUUUUGUUAUUAGAAUAUUAUAAGUAGUUAUUUAGUUUUUUGCUAAAAAAGUUUAAA